CUUGGACAUUUUCAAUGCAACAUCAUAAUGAGCAGAUUGAAACCUUGGUUGCUGGAUGUGAAGUCGCAUCAAGUAUGAUUGACGGAAUAAUAUAUCUGGAUGGUGAGAAAGAUCAGAAAAUCAGCUCCUUCUCUGUUAUUCCUGAUGAAUUUUUUGAGGAUAUGGAGUCUGUAUGGAAAGGUCGAAUAAAAACAAUCCACAUAAAUGAUGUACUUACUUCUGUGGACAAAGCAGCUGAGGCCUUGGAUUUAACAGUCACUGAAGAUUUCACUCCCGUAGUUUCUAGAAUAAAAGCUUUCGUAUCUCCACUUAAAAUUCUUAAGGGAGAAAUAUCUUAUUCUCGGGAUCAGGAAGCAGUGUGGUUCAAGGGUAAAGGCUUUAUACAAAAUAUAUGGGCUGGUGGCCCUGGAGAGGAACCCAUUAAACAGCUUAAGCAUGCUUUAGAUUCUAAAGGUAAAAAGGUAGGUGAGGAAUGGUUUACAACUAUGAAGAUGGACGCUGCCUUAUCAAGGUACCAUGAAGCAAAUGCCAAGGCAAAAACUAGAGUUUUGGAAGUUCUAAGGGAACUUGCUGCUGAACUGCAAUCCCAUAUAAACAUCAUUGUAUUUUCUUCCACAUUGCUUGUGAUCACCAAAGCUUUAUAUGCUCAUGUGAGUGAAGGGAGAAGAAGAAGUUGGGUUUUUCCUACAAUAGUUGAGUCCCAGAAGCUUGAGGAUGGGAAGCAAUCCAAUAAAAACCGUGAGAUGAAGAUAGUCGGUUUAUUACCAUAUUGGUUCAACAUAGCAGAAGGAGGUGCCGCGCAUAAUACUGUUGAUAUGAAAUCAUUAUUUCUAUUGACAGGGCCCAAUGGUGGUGGUAAAUCAAGUUUGCUUCGGUCAAUUUGUGCUGCUGCACUACUGGGGAUAUGUGGACUUAUGGUUCCUGCUGAAUCAGCCAUAAUUCCAUAUUUUGAUUCCAUCAUGCUUCAUAUGAAGUCAUAUGAUAGUCCAGCUGAUCACAAAAGUUCAUUUCAGGUGGAGAUGUCCGAACUUCGAUCCAUCAUGGCUGGAACCUCUAAAAAGAGCCUUGUACUUGUUGAUGAAAUAUGCCGAGGAACAGAAACUGCAAAAGGGACUUGUAUUGCAGGCAGCAUUAUUGAAAAACGUGAUAAAAUUGGUUCAUCAUUGAUUGCUCAAGCAGCAGAUGUGCCAACCCUUCCAUGGAGUGGUUCACAUGUGAAAAUUCCUCCUGAAAGCUCCUUGAGUAGUAUUCCUGAUGAAAUUUACCGGGCAGCAUGUGUUUAUACAACAGAGGAAGCAAUUGCAAGUUGUCAAGUCGUUGGAUACCCUGCAAUGAUCAAGGCAUCUUGGGGUGGUGGUGGUAAAGGCAUAAGAAAGGUUCAUAAUGAUGAUAAGGUAAGGGCAUUGUCAAGCCAAGGUUCACAGUCUGAAAAAUGGUCCUGUUCCAAGCUGUCAUGCGAAGCUCCUCGUGAUUAAAAUGGGAAAGGAGAGAAAGAGCUGCAGUUUUAUGCCGUUACAGGUGUUGGUUUCCAAAGCUAUCAUGUGGCCGCUGGAUUAUGUUGCUGCAUUUCCUGCAGCUGGUAUGCUUAGGCCCAUUUUGUUGUUGUAGCGUCCGCGGUUGAGGUAACUGUUAUAUCAAUUUUCAUCUGCACGGCAGUUUCCAUAUAUGUAUUUCCGGGGGUUAUAGUCAUCAAGUUGGACAGUGAUGAUAUUGCUGCUUCCUGUUCUAGAAGAUUAGCACUACUCAAAACCCUGCUAACACCUACAAAAACACCAUCCUGCGUUAAGUCCCAAUGAAGGCAGAAGCAAAUACGGUAGUUCCAUUCCGUUAUUCAACAAUGUCAGCAUCAAAUUGGUUCUCGCAAUCGGUUUCUUCACAUUCUUCAUCAUCUUGUUUUUCAUUCGGCAUCUCGUCAAUUCCGUUGCGGAACCUCACUGUCUAAUGAGCUGAAAUAUAAAGAACAAGCAUUUGAUGAAAAGAUUGAGAAAAUUUUCAAUUUGGCUGAGAAGGUGGACUCGGAAUCCAUUUCUGUUGGUAAUGCUGCCGUUGGAAGCUUAUUAGACGGCAUUGACUACUUCUAUGGCCAGUCAAAAAUCGCUCUGUCAAGAACCCUUAAUUUUAGGAAACAUGUUGAUUAUGUAUCAUAUUGGCCUGCUGAGCCUUACACAGCGGUACCAAGUCGGUCUUUCUUUCCAAGAGGAUUUUUAUGAGAUGAAGGUUUUCAUCAAUUUCUAAUCUGGUGUUGGGAUAUUCAUAUUUCAUUGGAUAUCAUUGGACACUGGUUAGAUAUGAUGAACAUUGAUGGAUGGAUACCACGCAGACAAAUUAGGGAAAUUGAAGCAUCAUUUGAAGCAGCCAAGUCACGCCCUAUUCACGCGACUAAAAAAGGAUUUGUAUCCUGUUGAGUUCAUGCCAUUGUUGCCUAAUAUUGAUAGAUAUCCCACAAAUACAGUUUGAUAUAGGAACAGAAUUAGUCCCGAUCCUAUAUUUUUUU